CCUGAGGCACAUCGCCUCCGCUGCGCUCUUCGGCCGGACUGGCCACGGCCGGAGCCACGGCGCAGCCCGGCAUCGCGCUCCUCGGCCGGAACAGCCCGGCGCAGCACUCUCCGGCAGCCGGCCCGGCGCGACGUAGGACGGGGCGCUGCCGGCAGCGGGCGGGCGGGUGAUGGCGGGGGGCAGACUGGCCGCCCGCUUUCUGGCCGCCGCCUGCUUCGCCCUGAGCUUGGCUCCGGCGGUGGCCGGGCCGCGGGAGAGCCCCGGCCUCUCGCGGCUGCAGAGGAGGAGCCUGGCGUUGGACUUUGUUGUGCCCUCGCUGUUUCGCACCUACGUGCGGGAGCUGGUGCUGGGACCGCCGGGGCGCGCCGCAGCGCGAUGCCGCUUGCGGCUGGACUGCGCGCCCCUGCUCCGCGCCGCCCGCGGCGGGCUGCCACGGGGCGCGCCGCCCGCUCCCCCUCAUGCCCCCGGCGGCGGGCCCUCAGCGGCCGGGCGGCGGCUGCGGCGCGCCAAGCAGCUGGUGCUGGAAGUGGGCGAGGGCAGCCUGCGGGACGGCUGCGCCGGCGAACCGCCGCCGGGCUCCGGCGGGGCGCAGCUGGAGUUCAACCUCACCGAGCUAUUCGCCUGGUGGCUCCGCUCCGGCGAUGGGCGGCUGCGGGUGCGCCUGAUGCCCGAGCGCCGGGGAGCCCUGACGGGCAGCGAGCGUGGGCUGUCGGUGGCCAUCCGCGCCGCCCGCCCACGUCUCCUCUUCCACGUCUCCGCGGCAGGUCGGAGCACGUCGGAUCUCCCAGCAAGCAGCCCUCCUCAUCCUCCUGCUCACCCUGCUUGGAAUUUGACCUGGGUCAUGAGAGAUACAUCCCCUUUCUUCUCCCAUAGAGGACGACACAUAUUUGACUGCAAUUUUGAAUCACCUUGUGAGCUGGAAUAUUCCCUUCCCCAGAAAGAUCAAGUAACCCCCAACAAUGCCUGGCUCAGCCUGAAUGCAGAGGAAAUCUCACAGCUAAACCUCCCGGAUGGGCCAGACAGAGAUCACUCUGAGAAUACAUCUAAAGGUUCAUUUCUGUUUCUCAAUGCAUCAGAGAGGCCAAUCCCUGUCAUCCUGAGUCCCUGGCUAAGAAGCAGCAGCGACCAUUGUGUGGUUCAAGUGGCUGUUUUUAAGUUUCACCAGCAGAGUGGAGAAUACAUUGCUCGUGUCCUUCCCAUUGAGGAAAGCAGCGGUGAAAUCUUAGCAGUGGAGGGACCAGAGAAACAUGGAUGGGUGUUGCUUCAAAGGAGAGUUGGACAUCUAGAAAAACCAUUUCGGAUCUCAGUGGAGUACGUCGCUCAUGGGAACAAGAGUGUAGCAGCUGUGGAUUCCUUUGCCAUGAAGAACUGCAGCACAGGAUCUGCUUCUGGCUCCAAGAUGGCUCUGGAGGGUUCCUUCAGCUGCUGGAAUGGAACAGCAAUCAGGCUGGGGCAGGUGUGUGACUUCAUCAGGGACUGUGCCGAGGGAGAAGAUGAGGGAGAUCUGUGUGAAAGGCUUCCGUCUGGCUUUUACUGUUCGUUUGAAGAAGGCGACUGUGGCUGGGUGCAGAGCUCUGUGUCCCACCCUUCCCCAUGGCGGAUUGGCAGCCCGGAGCACAGCCGUCUCCCUUCAGUAGAGGGUUGUGCCCUCCUGCUUAACACCAGCAAAGUACCAGCAGCAGCACACACUGUCAUGACCAGCACUGCAUUUCCAGCUCCUUUGAGGAACUCCCCCUGUGAGCUACGAAUGUCAUGGCUCAUCCGUGGAGUCUUGCUGGGAAAUAUCUCCCUGGUGCUGGUGGAGAACAAGACAGGAAAGGAGCAGAGCCGAAUGUUCUGGCAUUCAGAAAGCAGCGAAGGUUUGGGAAUAUGGCAGUGGACGACCUUGCCUCUCCCAGAUGUACUGGAUAGGUUUUGGUUUCAGAUCGUCGCUUCAUGGGAAGAAGGAUCCGAUGCCUUUAUUGCUUUUGACAAUGUCUCCCUUAGCCUGGACUGCUAUUUAACAAUCAGUGGAGAGAAGACACCUAGAAGUACCACUUCAGACUCAAGCAAUCUGCUUAACAGUAGAGGUGGCCAGAAGAAGUUUGGGUGGGGACAGAAGCUUCUGGGAAAUCUGCAACUCAACACUGUCCCCAUUUCUGGUCCAGCAGAUCACUGGUUAUUCACAACAUGUGGUGCCAGCGGACCCUAUGGCCCCACACAGAGCCAGUGCAAUGAUGCCUACAGGAACUCCAACCUCAGUGUGCUUGUAGGAGCUGAAGGGAUUCUCCAAGGCAUUCAGAUCUGGAGAGUACCAGCAACCAACACAUACAGCAUCUCAGGCUAUGGAGCAGCUGGUGGGAAAGGAGGGAAGAACACCAUGGUGCGGUCCCACGGCGUGUCUGUGCUGGGAAUUUUUGACCUCCAGAAGGAUGAUACUUUGUAUAUCUUGGUGGGACAGCAAGGAGAAGAUGCUUGCCCUAGUACUAAUGAUGUUAUACAGAAAGUCUGCAUUGGAGAAAACAAUGUGAUUGAAGAAGAGAUACGUGUGAACAGAAGUGUCAAUGAGUGGGCAGGAGGAGGUGGAGGCGGGGGAGGUGCAACUUACAUAUUUAAGAUGGAGAAUGGAGAACCAGUCCCCUUGAUAAUUGCAGCAGGAGGUGGUGGAAGGGCCUACAGGGCCAAAACAGACACAUUUCACCCAGAAAGACUGGAGAAUGAUUCCUCUAUCCCAGGGCUGAAUGGAAAUUCAGGAGCUGCAGGUGGUGGAGGUGGCUGGAAUGAUAACACUUCCUUCCUGUGGUCAGGAAAAUCCUUGCUGGAAGGUGCUACUGGAGGAAGAUCCUGCCCCCAGGCCAUGAAGAAGUGGGGGUGGGAGACAAGAGGGGGUUUCGGAGGGGGUGGAGGGGGGUGCUCCUCAGGUGGAGGAGGCGGAGGAUAUAUAGGUGGCAAUGCUGCAAUGGACAAUGACCCAGAGAUGGAUGGGGAGGAUGGUGUGUCCUUUAUUAAUCCCAUUGGUACUUUAUACACUCCAGCACUUAAAGUGACUGAGGGGCACGGAGAGGUGGACAUUAGGCUGCACCUUAACUGCAGUCACUGUGAGAUGGACGAGUGCCGUGUAGACCUUGAGACUCAAAACGUCAUUUGCUUUUGUGAGCCAGGCACAGAGUUGGCUGAGGAUGGUGUGUCCUGCAUAGCUGAGCCAGUGGUUCAUCUUCCUCUCUCCCUGGUCUUGUCUGUAGUGACUUCAGCAUUGGUGGCUGCUUUAAUUUUGGCUUUUUCAGGCAUCAUGAUAGUAUAUCGUAGGAAGCACCAGGAGCUGCAAGCCAUGCAGAUGGAAUUACAGAGCCCAGAAUACAAACUCAGCAAGCUGCGUACCUCCACCAUCAUGACAGACUACAACCCCAACUACUGCUUUGCAGGGAAGACCACAUCCAUUAGUGACCUCAAAGAGGUGCCUCGGAAAAACAUCUCCCUCAUCCGGGGUUUGGGCCACGGAGCCUUUGGUGAGGUAUAUGAAGGUCAGGUGGCAGGGAUUCCCAGCGACCCCACUCCCUUGCAGGUGGCUGUGAAAACAUUGCCAGAAGUGUGUUCAGAGCAAGAUGAGCUGGACUUCCUCAUGGAAGCUCUCAUUAUCAGCAAGUUCAACCACCAGAACAUUGUGCGCUGCAUCGGGGUGAGCUUGCAGGCACUGCCCCGUUUCAUUCUGCUCGAGCUCAUGGCUGGAGGGGACCUGAAGUCCUUCCUGAGGGAGACACGGCCUAGACCGAACCAGCCCUCCUCGCUUUCCAUGCUGGACUUGCUGCACGUGGCUCGUGACAUUGCUUGUGGGUGUCAGUACCUGGAGGAGAACCACUUCAUUCACAGGGAUAUUGCUGCCAGGAACUGCCUCCUUACCUGUCGAGGGCCUGGGAGAGUGGCUAAAAUUGGAGACUUUGGAAUGGCCCGGGAUAUAUACAGAGCCAGCUACUAUCGGAAGGGUGGGUGUGCCAUGUUGCCCGUCAAAUGGAUGCCUCCUGAGGCUUUCAUGGAAGGAAUAUUUACCUCCAAAACAGACACAUGGUCCUUUGGUGUGCUGCUGUGGGAGAUAUUCUCUUUGGGAUACAUGCCCUACCCUAGCAAAAGUAACCAGGAGGUUCUGGAGUUUGUCACCAAUGGAGGAAGGAUGGAUCCACCUAAAAACUGCCCUGGCCCUGUAUACCGCAUCAUGACCCAGUGUUGGCAGCACCAGCCUGAAGACCGGCCAAAUUUUGCCAUCAUCCUGGAGAGGAUUGAGUACUGCACCCAGGAUCCAGAUGUCAUCAACACUGCUUUGCCAGUAGAAUAUGGCCCAUCAGCUGAGGAGGAGGAGAAGGUAGCAGUGCGUCCCGAUGACCCAGAAGGAAUUCCUCCUCUCCUGGUCUCCAUGCACCAAGACAGAAAGGAUGAGAAGCAAACUCUGCCGUCGCCACCACCCCCGCCAUCAGCCAUCGCUGCUGGAAAACCUCUAGGGAAAAUGGGAGCUUUAGAACCACCAGGGCUGGGGAAGGUGCAGGCAGCCUCAGCAGGGGGACACAUCAACAUGGCCUAUGCCCAGUCCAAUCCCCCUUCUGAGCUGCACAAAAGUCGAGGCUCCAGGAACAAGCCCACCAACCUCUGGAAUCCAACCUACGGCUCCUGGUUUGCGGAGAAGCAGGCCAGCAAGAGCAGUUCUCUGCUGGAGAAGGAGAUGCCCGAGAGGGAGAAUUUAGGACAGGAAGGGAACUGUACUGUGGGGCCCAACAUUGUGACUGGCAGGCUGCCAGGCUCCUCCCUGCUAUUAGAGCCAUCUUCCCUAACAGCAAGCGUUAAAGAAGUGCCUCUUUUUAGGCUGCGCCACUUCCCCUGUGGGAACGUCAACUACGGAUACCAACAGCAGGGCUUACCCUUGGAGGCCUCCGCUCCACCUUGCACUAGCAGUUAUGAGGACCCUGUCCUUAGAAACAAGAGUCACAUAACCCAGCAGGGGCUGUGAGACCCCUCUCUACCUUCUUGACUUUUUCCCCUUUGUGGCCCCUGAGCCUUGAAGAGAUGUCCUGUUACCCAAUACACCGCAAGCAAGGGAUCUGACAGCAUUGGUUACCUUCCCUUUUGUGCCAACUUGCUCCAAAAGUGCCACCCUCAGAGCUGUCAUUUCAACUAACCCGAGAGAGAGGCUUCGAAUCACCAGAGCCCCAACAGGCUCAAAGAAACAAGGGGGAGGGAGGAUACAGGAAACAAAUGUUAACUUGUGAGGCCCAGCUGCAUCAACUCAUAACGCAUGGUUGUUGUCAUGCCCUUCCUGUGAGCUUGUCUCAGUUGUGUGUUCUCUGCUUAAGUGUCAAAGCCGCGGCUCCGCUGCCUUGAGUGUUUCAUGUCUGGGGGUUUUCCAAUGCCAAACUCGUGGUUGCUGUGGAACACCUGGAGAGCUCCUGCAGCUGGCAAGAGGUUGUGGUGGGUUUGGGGAAAGCAUCCUCUAAGCCAAACUGGAGGGGAAAAACUAAAACAAAAAAAGCAAAAGCAAGCAAAAAGCAAAGGUCCAUCGACAGCGUUGAAUGGGGCUGCGGUGGCACAGCCCCGAGCUGUGUCCAGCUACAGUCCAGUCUUCGGAGAUCCUUGAAUGCACAGUGGUCGUGGGGGUGCUGGCAGGGCAAUAGGAGGACACUGGUCGUGCUGCAUUGCUUGAAAGAGAGGAGAGGAAACACAGAGCAUGGGUCUAGAUGCUGUGAGGCGUUCUUGGUUGGAGGGGAGGGUUGUCUGGCUGGUUUUUUGUUUUGUUUUCUUUUCUUUUCUUUUUGCUGUGCUUAAGAACCAGAGCCCAGUGAAGCCCUUUCAAAUUCAUUCCAUCCUACAAAAGCAGAAAUCUCUCCCACCAGGAACUCGGGCAUGUCGCAUGGAACCAAGGUGAAGGUUUAAAGGACCGUGAGAGAAGCUCUCACCACACCCUGACAAUGGGGCAGCUGCCUGCAUACCUCAGAGGGUUACAACAGCCUUUGGCAUACCCUGUACAGAGAGUGUGUAAAGAGGAGAUCGUGCCACAAUCCAGAUGCCAGAUACUGUCUGUCUGUGAGGGGUUUAGAGCCCUUGUUCUUCUUCGUGGUGUCAAGACAAACACUGCAGUGACUCAUUCUGUACACCUCGUGCAUGAGAAAUACUCCAGUUAAGUGUAUUGUCAAAAGUAUAGAUGUAGGAAAUAAUUCAUGUGUAAAGAUGAUGUGCAGUAGUAACUUCAGCUUAGGGUUGCAAGGGUUCGCGUUUUCGCGUGAAGGCUAUCCACGGAGCAUCAGCAGAGCAAUGUGAAGGUGUCCUUCAGCCCCAAGACUCUUCGUUUCAGUGAAGUGACUCUGAAUCUGGCCCUGAAUCCAAACAUUGAGUGGAAAAGCAGGAAGCAGUGUGAUCUACAGGAUGUAAAGCACCACUGGGAAAAUCCUCUGCUACCACUCCUAUACCUGGAAAUGGCUUCUUUCCAUGUGGAUGUUACCUGUUUCCUAGAGAAGUUAGGUAGGUCUCUGAUUCUGUAAGCUGCUGAAGGUAAACUAGGUUGGGAUGCCUGUUUGUCUGCCUUUCCAGUUUUCUCUUCAUCUUCCUUUCGGCUACUGACCCUUGUUUCUCCAUCACAUGCCUGGAAGUGAAGCAAGGCAAGAGGUCUGGGUGGCUCUGCUUCCUUGAGGAGCAGCAGGAAGAGUGGCAGUGGGAGAGGAGCAUUGCUGUAACAUGGAGGGGGGUUACAGGUACCACAGGCUGACAUUAGGAAGGCUGCAUGGCUGUGGCUGAGUCAGCCUCUCCCAGAGGCACUACAGGGUCACUGGUUUCUCUCCCUGUGUGUGCACAAGAGGGGACAGGCUCAGCCCCAGAGCAGCUGCAGCAGCACUGGGCACAGUCAGUUGCACACUAUAUGACGGAAGAGCUCUGAAACAGGCUGUAAAGGAUUGAACUUGGUCUGUCUGCUCCUGUACCUAAGCCUUGCCUUCUGGGUGGCAAGCAGCUUGACACAGGAAUAGCACAAAACAGCCUUUCACAGCAGCAAAAAAGCCAGACAUCACCCUUUGUCUGUCCCAAAGUUAAACCCAUCACAGGAAAACUGUCCCAACUGUCUGCAUCUGGCUUCUUUUACUAACAAGCUUCAUUAGAGGAGUGUCUGUCUCAUGUACAGCAUUUUCUGCACCAUUGUUUGUACAGGAAGGGCCUGUGCACUUCAGGGAUACGAUGAAGAGAAAUACUAAUCUAUGGUCAUUGAGUAUUUUGUAUUGAAUAGUGUCUUUGUAUUGUAAACAAGUGUAGUGAACCACGAGGCAUGAAGACAAAUAAAAUGGCUGUAGCUGGCUUUCUCUGUGUUGGGCUAUCUCAUGACUGGAUCCACAGCAGAGGGAGGUCUCUGC